UCUUCUGUUAUGAAUUAUAAAGUGAACCACCACCCACUUUUGAAAGGGAGGAAGAUGUAUGCCCAAUGCAGCUUGGUCUUUGCUUUAAUACUGUUUCUUGGAGCUCCAGUAGCUGCACAGAGCAGUAAUGAUACGGUAGAGACACUGGUGAAGCUACAUGGUGUAGCUAUGAUUGGAGCCUGGGGCCUUGUGAUUCCCAUUGGAUUGACCGUUGCUAUAAUGUGCAAAGCAGUCUGCCCUGGAAAGAAGUUCAUAAUAGCUCAUCUGAUUUUGAUGGUGAUUGGUAUUUUGCUAGCAGUUCUUGGUCUUAUAUUAAUUCUAGUGCAUGCUGAUUUCACUUGGCUCACCACUCAGCCAUUAAAUGAUGCACAUCAAGUAAUGGGAGUUAUAGCUUUAGUCGCACUUGUUUCAAACCCAUUCAUUGCAUUUAUGAGACCAAAAAGAGAGUCGAAAUGGAGAGGGUUAUUUGAUUUUGCUCAUGGCGGAACUGGAAUUUUUCUAGCAUUAAUUCCAGCUUAUGCUGCAAUGAUGUUUGCUGGUCAGCUGUUGAAAAACAAAUCAGGAGACUCUACUGAAGCAAGGAAUGUCGUUAUGCUCCUAGCAUCAUUAGUUGGCUAUGUUCCAGUACUAUUAGCACUGUAUAAUAUUUACACAGUUCGGUACCACAAAAAUAUUCCAGAGCCAAGGGAUGUACCAGCUCUAGUUCAUGAGAUGUGGAAGAAUAAUGACACAAUGAUGCAAGAGUUCCCUCAGAGAAGAAACUAUGACACCAAAAUACCACUACAAUCAUCUCCAGAUGCAGUGGUUCGAGUCGUGGUGAUAGUGAUAGCCACACUGCCUAUAAUAGGACUAGGGAUUGCAUCUAUGGUUUAUGUAGGGCAACUAUGAAAUACUCCAUCGACAUGAACACACUAUACACAGACAUACACAUUUUAAAAUAUCAUUUUUUAUUAUUGUUACUGCAUGAUAACAUAAGUCAAGUGGCUUUUGAUUACACGCACUAGCUCUUACUCUUUUGCCCAGAUUGAAUUAUUUUUGGAAAUAAAUAAAAUAGGAUUUUUAGUUACCAAUCACACAACUAUAUCCAA